AUGUCGUCGAUUUCUAGGGCCGUUCGCCCUGCUUUGAGAGGAAGCCGUGGUGUUGCUGCCCUUGCGAGGGUGAGGACUUGCACACCGGGCAGAGCGCUCUCGCCACUCCAGCAGACCACAAGACCCCUUUCCACCACCCAGCGCCGCCGUAAUGCCGACCACUUUGACAUCGCCGACAUCCCCCCGACGCCCAUCACCCACCUCUCCGAGGUCGAGGCCGCGAUGCAGGAGGCAGUGAGCAAGUUCGCCAACGACGUGAUCGCGCCCAAGGUGCGCGAGAUGGACGAGGCGGAGAACAUGGACCCGGCCAUCGUGGAGCAGCUGUUCGAGCAGGGGCUCAUGGGCGUCGAGAUCCCCGAGGAGUACGGCGGCGCGGGCAUGAACUUCACGAGCGCCAUCAUCGGCAUCGAGGAGCUCGCGCGCGUCGACCCCAGCGUCAGCGUCCUCGUCGACGUGCACAACACCCUCGUCAACACGGCCAUCAUCAAGUGGGGCAGCAGCCAGCUCAAGAAGCGCUUUCUGCCCAAGCUCGCCACCAGCACCGUCGGCAGCUUCUGUCUGAGCGAGCCUGUUAGUGGUUCUGAUGCUUUUGCGCUGGCGACCAAGGCGACCAAGACGGAGAGCGGAUACAAGAUUAGCGGUUCCAAGAUGUGGAUUACCAACUCCAAGGAGGCCGACUUCUUCAUCGUGUUUGCCAACCUGGACCCGUCCAAGGGGUACAAGGGCAUCACGGCGUUCAUUGUCGAGAAGGAUGCCAAGGGGUUCUCUAUCGCUAAGAAGGAGAAGAAGCUGGGUAUAAAGGCCAGCAGCACGUGCGUCAUCAACUUUGACGACGUCGAGAUCCCCAAGGAGAACCUCCUCGGCGAGGAGGGCGCCGGUUACAAGUACGCCAUUGGUCUCCUGAACGAGGGUCGUAUCGGUAUCGCGGCUCAGAUGACUGGUCUCGCUCUCGGUUCCUGGGAGAACGCCGUCAGAUACGUCUGGAACGACCGCAAGCAGUUCGGCCAGCUCGUCGGCGAGUUCCAGGGCAUGCAGCACCAGAUCGCGCAGUCCUACACCGAGAUCGCCGCCGCCCGCGCGCUGGUCUACAACGCGGCGCGCAAGAAGGAGGCGGGCGAGAACUUUGUCAUGGACGCCGCCAUGGCCAAGCUGUACGCCAGCCAGGUCGCCGGCCGCGUCAGCGGUCUCGCCAUCGAGUGGAUGGGCGGCAUGGGUUUCGUCCGCGACGGCCCCGCCGAGAAGUUUUGGCGCGACAGCAAGAUUGGCGCCAUCUACGAGGGCACGAGCAAUAUCCAGCUCAACACUAUCGCCAAGCUGUUGCAGAAGGAGUAUACUGCAUAA